AUGAUCGUAAGUAAAGAGUAUAUUGCUGUGUUUGUUCUCCUAGCGACAUUAUACUAUUACUACUAUUCUACACGUGGCAUACUCUCCAUGAAAGUCAGCUUGGAUUCCGUGAAGAUCUUGCCCAAAGAUUCGCUUCUUCACAAACCUAACUCCAUUCUCACAAACUACGUUUGGAAGGAGAAUCUUGUUCUCACCGUUUUUGUCAACAAUCACUUCUACUUCAUGGAUAAUGAAACGACAACUCAGUUCUGGGAUGCUUUAAAGGAGCUAGAGGAGCUGCCCGGGUGUAAAGGUCCGAAAUCGUCGUAUGUUUGGUUUAGAAAUUUUGCGCACAGUUAUGGACAGUCGGAAAGUGAUUAUCCUUAUGAUGACAAAUCUGAGUGUAAGUAUGACACGAAAAGUCAAACGCUAUUUCAGCAAGUACUGGAUCCAAACAAACUACGAAAUUUCUUUGAAUACGAUAUAUACCAUUUCAUCCACAGCGUUAGGCUAGGCAGGACACCGAAGGAGAAUAUAUCUGUUGUGUAA